AUGGAGAUAGGGGUGUUGGCAGAAGAGCUGACCUGUAGUGUGUGUCUGGAAUUGUUCCAGGACCCUGUGGCAUUGCCCUGCCAGCACAGUUUCUGUGCAAAAUGUAUCAACGACGCCUGGGACCAUUUAGAAACUCUGAGUGGAGUCAGCUGCCCUCAAUGCCGUCAGACCUUCAGCCCCAGACCCAGAUUGGUGAAAAACCACUCCCUGCAGAACAUCGUGGAGAAAUACAACCGGCACCCGCCUGUCGCUGCCACUUCUGCCCAGACGGUCCCCGUGACGUGUGAGUACUGUAUCAUCACUCCGACCCAGGCUGUGAAGACCUGUCUCAAAUGUGAAACCUCCUUCUGCUCCCGCCACCUGCAGCCACACUUGACGAAGCAGAUUUACAAAGAGCACUGCUUGAUCGAGCCCACAGCUGACCUCACACGGAGACAGUGCCCAAGUCAUGGGAAGGUACUCGAGUUCUACUGCGAGCAAGACGAGGUGUGUGUUUGCAUGUCCUGCACCAUCGUCGGGGAUCACAAGUCCCACAGUCUGCUCAGUCUGGAGCAGGCGAAGGACAAACUAAAGGAGAAAAUUCAUAUGAUUCAGAAAGAAUGGUUGCGAGAACAGGGAGAUCUGAAGCAAUCGGAAAAUGAAAUAAAGAGACACAGUAAGGAAGUGAAGGGAAAACUGUCAGCAGCUUUCUCCGAAUGGAGGAAGCAGUUGGAAAAGGAUGAAAAGUUGGCAUUGAAGAUGAUUGACGAAGAGGCGAACCGGCUACUCUCCCAGAUAAAGAGCUCCUCUGAUUCACUGUUGAAGAAGAUGGAAGAGGUUCAAAUAAUAGGCAAGGAUGCCCAGGAUCAAGAUCAGAAUGAUCCUCUCUUCUUCAUUCAGAAUGUGAAGCAGCGGCUUUCGAGACCAUUUCCAUUUGAACCACUUCAAGCUGCUGUUAACAAACAGGAGUUAAAUCCAACUUCUGCCCCUGUAUUUGGUAGCUUUGCAUCUUCAACAAAUUUCAGAAGAUAUGCCGGAGACAGUAAAUCUGAUUCUGAUUCUGAUUCCGAUUCCAAUGCUGGAUUGAGAUGUGUUCGUGAAAGGGACCAACAGUCUCCAGGAAAGAAGUUGGAGCCGUUCAGACUCUUUCCAUUCCAACCACACCAAGCUACUGUUACCAAACAGGUGAUAAAGCCAUACUACGACCCUAUAUUUGGUACCUAUGCAUUUUUAACAAAUUUCACAAGAAAUGCCGGUGAUAUUAAAUCUACUAUUGAUUCUGAUGCUGGAUUGAGACGUGUUCGUGAAAGGGACCAACACACUCCUGGAAAGAAGUUGGAGCCAUUCAGAGCCACAGAGCCAAAGCGUGUAACCCUGAACGUGUCUGCUGUCAGGACUGUUAUCCAGAAUAAAUUUAGGGAAUACCAGAGGUACCAGACGACCAUUCUGCAGGCACUAGAAAUCUAUGAAAAGCAGAAGAACCCCAAAUACAAUGAACAUCAGAAAAAUGUUAGAACUCCAAAGCCUGCUGUCCCCCCUCGCCCGCCAAAGCAGCAGUAAGAAUCAACGCAUCAACCACCUCCCUCUCCCCACCCGUUUCAGAAAAAAGCGUCAGUGCCCUCCAGCAAGCAACAGCAAAGCACCCAACGAGAGACUAUGAUCUGCAAUCAACAAAAACUGUUGUUUACCCAGCAGUUCAACACAGACAAGCUUUCUCUCACUAACAAGGGACAGAGAGGUAUCACCUCUUUUCACAGUGACAGGGGAAAGUGACUGUCAUUGUUACAAUAUUACAGUCUGUUGUGUUGCUUUUGUUCCGAGAUUGGGAGAUCCUCCAGCAGCAAACUCACCCACCAUUGACAGAAAGAGAAAGUGCGAUUGUUCAGCGACAGACUUCCAUCCAUACAUCUGCCCAUACAUCUUGUGCCUGUUACUCUGCAUUUCCACUAUCUGAUGAUUUUGUCUUGAUUUUAUCUUUUGUAUGGUCUUCUUUUCAGUGUGCUCUUAGAUAGAACCAUAGAACAUUACAGCACAGAAGCAGGCCCUUUGGCCCUUCUUGACUGUGCUGAACCAUUUUUCUGCCUAGUCCCACUGACCUGCACCUAGGCCAUAUCCCUCCAUACCCCUCUCAUCCAUGUACCUGUCCAAGUUUUUCUUAAAUGUGUUACGUCUCUGGCAACAAUGAUAAUAGAAUUGAGUCAGGUUUUAUAAACAAACAUAAACAUUUAUUAAACUCUGCUCAACAGAAAUGAAAAGUAAACUGUGACAAGAUCUGAAGGAUUAACCAAAGUGGACUGUUCCUUUUAAAAGGAACAGCAUGUGUGCUAUUUCAGCAAUGGAAAGAGAAAGUCUGUGAGUUGGCUUGGAAACUGAAAGGUGGAACUAUAAUGCAAGACACCAAGGAAGACACUGGUUGAGCUUUGUGUGCCCACGACAUGGGUGAGGUUUUUGCUCACAGUAUGGACGAAACCGGUGGAAAGCUAUCGGUGUGUUUAACCCUUGCCUGGGUUGAUAGGGGUACCACGUGGAAAUGGCAUUUUCUUUUUCUGGUCACAGUCGGUGUCUAAGUUUUGGGAGCAAGAGGAUGAUGUGGAAGAUUGGACUGCAUCAGCACUCGGAAGACAAAACUCUUUCUUUUUCUCUCUCUCUCUCUCCCCCCAACUCUACUCAAUUCAAAUUCCAGAACUGAAGUGACCUCUUACCAUACCACCGUAAGACUAUCAUCUAGUCACCUGAGCUGGGAGAAGCUUGGGAACAUUAUUUACUCACUUAUAUAUGCAUAUACUCUAACCUGUUUGCCUUAUCUUGUUUCAUAUUACUUUAUCACGUAGUUACUAACAAAAUAAUCUUUAUAAUGGAAGACUCAGACUCCAGGUGUGUCCAUUUCUGCUGGUCCCUAUUAACCCGUUACGGGGUAUGUAGCAAAACAAACAACUAACUUCACUGGAAGUUAACUGCUAAACGGCAACUUAACAAACAGCCAAACUCUGGAAUAGAUCUUAAAGUGGUAAAUUCAAAAGUCCAAGUAAUUUACAGUCAGUAAGGAGAGACUUUACUACAACAAUUUCUCCGAAGAAAAUGACGAAUCUGCUGAUCACAGUCGAGAUAUGCCUUGUCCAAAGGAUUCAUGACAAAGGAAAUAAAAAUGGCUUAAACUGACCUUUCCUUUGGUGAAUGAACUUCCUGCUCUUACAGCCAGGGGUUAUCUCAGGUGCAGAUCACUAUUUCUGAAUGAAAAUUCAAUAAGGUCAAUCCUUCAUAAAACCGCUGAACGACACCAACUUUACUCGAUCCUUUGGGUUCCCGUACUUUGGUAAAAUCUUCACUCUCCAGGACUUAGAUUUUAAAAUUAAAUCAAAGGUACUUCAAACAAAACUGGCAGUGACUGGUGAAACCGCCGGCACAACAAUUCUGUACCUUACAAUAGAAAGUAAAACUCAACUUUAGAACAAAACUGCAUCACGAGACAAAUACGCAGCAUAACGGAGUAGCUGACGAAUUAAAUAACAAAUCAACUGCGUAACAACAGGGGUUUUCCAUUAUAUACCUGUUGAGAAUAUGUUAUGUGACCUCACACUGGUGGGAAAAUUACAUCACCCCACCAUCACAAGACAAUUACAUCAUGCUCACCAGAUACUCAAUUACAUCAUUGUCAUAAGACAGUCACAAGAUACCCACGGGAUAAGUAACACCUCCCUCCAAAAAAAAAGAGAAAAUUUUGGUCUUGUUUGAGCAACAUUUUAGCAACUAUCUAUUUACAAAAAAAAUACAAAUAUAUAAAAUCUACAACAUACACAAUAUACACAGUAUUAUCAUACAGCACCUUUACAAACUAAUAUAUGGUAGGAGUAUUACAAACGUUAAAAUACCGCUCUGUAAAUAAAUUACAUUGUACAUUGAACAUCUAGAUGGACAAUCAGCAAUCACAUUAUCUUUGCCUUUAAUAUGAAUUAUCAAAAUAUUAUGCUCCUGUAACAUCAAACUCCAAUUUAGUUUUGUUUUUCAUCUUACUCAAAAAUACUAACGGAUUAUGAUUGGCGUAAACUAUGAGUGGUUUCUGAGUUGUACCAACAUGCACAAAAUGUUGUAAAGCCCAAACAAGGGAUAAUAAUUCCUUUUCUAUAGUUGAAUAGUUCCUUUGAUGCCCAUUAAAUUUCUUAGAAAAGUAGGCUACUGGAUGCUCGACCUUGUCACCCUCAUUCCUUUGCAGUAAUACUGCUCCUGCAGCCUCAUCACUCGCAUCUACAGUUAAUGAAAAUGGUUUUUCAAAGUCAGGUGCCCUGAGCACAGGUUGAUGACAUAGCAGAGUUUUCAAUUUCUCAAAUGCUUUCUGACAAAGCACUGUCCACACAAACGUUUCAUUUUUCUUCAAGAGGUUAGUUAAAUUAGCAAAAUUCUUACAAAAUUUUCGGUAAUAUCCUACGAUUCCCAAGAAUCUUCUGAGAGUCUUUUUAACAGUUGGAGUGGGUACCUCUAAAUUGCCCGAACUUUUGCCUGAACAGGAGCUACCUUACCUUGACCCACAACAUAACCAAGCUAAGUCACAGUGGCAUGACAAAAUUCACUUUUAGCAAAGUUAAUAGUUAAGUUAGCUUUUGAAAGCCUUUCAAAUAGUUUCUCCACCACAGUAAUAUGUGCUUCUCAAGUAUCAUUUCCUGUAACUAAAUCAUCAAUAUAGGCAUCUGUAUCUUUUAACCCAUGAAUCACAGAAUUAAUCAUCCACUGGAAAGUACCUGGGGCAUUCUUCAUCCCAAAUGGAAGAACAUUAUACUCAUAUAACCCAGAUGGGGUUACAAAUGCAGAAAUCCCUCUACCUCUAUCCGUCAAUGGAACACACCAAUACCCUUUUAACAAAUCAAUCUUUAUAAGGAACUUUGUUCUUCCGACUUUAUCCACACAAUUUCCACAUAUUGUGCUUGCACACACACACACAAUUAUAAUUUACAGUAUAUUUUAUCUAUUGCAUUGUACUGUUGCUAUAAAGCAACAAAUUUCACGACAUUUGUCGGUGAUAAUAAACUGAUACUGAGUUAGGGCAAGUGUUAUUUCUAAAUAUAACAGAAAUUGGGCACUGGAAGUAUAGGUUACAAAGCCUGUGCAUUUUAAGUUUGCUUUUGGUUUCUGUUGCAUAGUUGCACUGAGUGACACAUUCCUUGUCACUUCUCUCCUUUGCCAAUCACUUAAUUCUAUCUCCCAGUUCACCAACCCACACUAACGCAAACCAGUUUCCUCUCUAUUCUGUCUGCAGCAUUAAUGAUUUUAAAUAUCUAUUGGAUCUCCUUGCACCCUCUUUGCUUCUAAAAAAAUACCUCUGCUUCCUCCAAUCUAAGCUGCAGUGUUUUAUUACCAGAGUUUGUGUUUGUAGUUUGCAAGUUUUGCUUCUUCUUAAUAGUCAGGGCAUUAAAGGAUAUGUAUGGCAAGAAGGCAGAUGUCUGGGGUUGACUGAGAUCUGGGAUCAGACAUGAAGGAAUGGUGGAGAAUUGAUGGGCAGAAUGGCCUAAAUCUGCUCCUAUGUCUUAAGGUCUUUUUUGUGCAGGGGUUGGGUUGAUAUCUUGUCUUUUGAGGACUACUAUGUUUUUUCUAUAUUUCAUGGCUAUCUGGAGAAGAUGAAUCUCAAGAGUUGUAUUCUGCAUACAUGCCUUCAUAAUAAUAUAAACUUUUGAGAGAUCUUUUCACAAGGCAUCAUUGAUGUUGGCAUGUUGGUCUGUUUUAUUUCUGGUUAAGUUCCCAAGCAGGUGAUACUGUGCCUUAUUUAGUUUCGCAAGAAUCAAAGUCUUGCAAUGAUACAGAAGACUACAGGCACCAGUAAUUUCUUUUGUAAUAGUAUUUCUUUCAUUAUUAAAAUUGAAGAAUGACAAGAAAUCUUCAACAAAAAGACUUCAUAGUAUUUACAAAGUACCAAUGAAGGAAUGAGUGCAAUGGCAUAACUUAAAGAAUAGCAGAAAGAGACCAUUCAGCCCCUUGUGUUCAAUUCUAUCAUGUUUGAUCCUCUACCUCCUUGCAGAAUCAAAACCAGGUUUAACAUUACUGGCCUGUACUUCUUUUGACGUUAUACAUGAAUGAUUUGGAUGAUGGAAUUGAUGGCCUUAUGGCCAAUUUUGCAGAUGAUGUGAAGUUAGGUGAAGGGAUGAUUAGUGUCGAGAAAGCAGGGAGUCUGCAGAAGGAUUAGAUUUGGAGAACAGUUAAAGGAUUGGCAGAUGGAAUAUUGUGUAGGGAAGUAUAUGAUCAUGCACUUCGGUAGAACGAAUAAAGUUAUGGACUAAUUACUAAAUGGAGAAAAAUUUAAAAACGAGUCAGAGGUGCAAAGGGACUUGUGAGUCCUUGCUCAGGAUUUCCUGAAGUUUAACUUGCAGGUUGAGUCAGUGGUAAGGAAUGCAAAUGCAAUAUUAGCAUUUGUUUCAAGAGGACUAGAAUACAAGAGCAAGGAUAUCAGUAGCUGUAGUAUUUUCAGCAGCUUUGAGCUCCUCACCUAAGAAAGGAUGUGCUGGCAUUGGAGAGCCCGGGGAGGUUCACAAAAAUGACACAAUAAAUGAAAGGGUUAACCCUUUCAUUAUACACAGUGCAUUUGAUGGCUUUGGGCACGUUCUUGCUGGAGUUUAGAAGAAUGAGGGGGUAUCUCAUUGAAACAAAACAAAUAGAAAGAUAUGGAUAGACUGGAUGUAGGAAGGAUGUUACCUAUAGUGGGGACAUCUAGGACCCACAGGCACAAUCUCAGAAUAGAGCGACAUCCAUUUAGAAGAAAUGAGGAGGGAUUCCUUUAGGCAGAGUCUAGAAUCUGUGGAAUUCAUUGCCACAGAUGGCAGUGGGAGCCCAGUCAUUAAGUAUAUUUAAAGCAGAGGAAGAUAUGUUCUUAAUUAGUCAGGGUAUUGAAGGGUUCAGGGAGAAGUCAUGAGAAUGGGAUUGAGAGGGAUAAUGAAUCAGCCAUGAUGGAACAACAGAGCCAAAUGGCCUAAUUCUGCUCCUGUGUCAUAUGGUAUUAUAUCACAAUAAAAAAAAUAAUCAUACAAAAGAAAUAGUAAGGUGCUGUUAAUGAACCAGAAAUCAGAUGGUAGAGGGAAAGAAGCUGCUCCUAAAUUUUCCACAUCCUCCUUGGAGAGAGAGUUCUGAAGAUUCACCUAUUGAAGAAUUUUCUGAUAGGUUGAUAUGCAGCCGUGAAGUUUAACUGCCCCUAAGAAAAAAUUCCAUCCAUUCCCUCCUCCUUGAUGAAAUAAUUUCUUUCAGUUCUGAUGAAGGGCCUUGGACUCAAAGUAUCAAUUAUCUUUUUCCACAAACACUGCCAGGCCUCCUUGCCUCCUGUAUUUUCUGUUUUUAUUUUGAACGUGUCCAGUGUCUACAGCCUACAAGCCCCAAUAUUUUGUUAAUACUUUAUUGAUAGAGCGUAUUUUAAGUUUCACUCUGAUUGUAGGAGCUUCAUGCAAUUAAGCUUCCUCAUAAAAUUAUAUAUGGGAAAAGUGCAUUUAUUACACAGGAAAGUCCCACAAGUAAAUCAGGUAAACAGCUUUUCUUUUUGAUAGAAAUUCAUUUUGCAUCCUGGAACAUUUUAUUAAGUUUCAUUAAUAUUUCCCAGAUAGGGCUGCUCCAUGUACAAGCAGGUCUACAUUUUAGCCCAGAACAAUACUCCCUGAAUAACCCAAUGCCUUUGUAUUUCCAGCUUGAAUUUAUGACCUAUUGAAUAGACGGUCCAAACUACUGAUUUUGCCGAACUAACCCAAUGGACUGAAGUGAUAGAAUUUCUAGUAUUUUUUCUGGCAAUGUUUACAUUUCCUUCUGUAUAAAAGAGCUUUUGGCUAUUAGUCUUCAUAAAUCAAACUGCAUCUGGGAGGUUUGGACUGGCAAUGCCAUCUCCUCCAUCACCACAGGCGCACCACAAGGCUGCAUGCUUAGCCCCCUGCGGGACCCACUUUACAUUUAUAACCAUGUAGCUAAGCACAGCUCCAGUGCCAUAGUCAAGUUUGCUGAUGAAACCACUAUCUUCUUUUCUCACUGCUGCUAUCAGGACUCAAACCUCCAGGUUCACGAUCAGUUAUCAACCAUCAGGCUCUUGAACUAGAGGGGACAACUUCACUUGCCCCAUCACGAAAUGUUUUGACAACUGAUGGACUCACUUUCAUGGAUUCUCCGUCUCAAGUUCUUGAUGCUUAUUGCUUAUUUUGUUAUUAUUGAUUGCUUUCUGUAUUUGCAUAACUUGAUGUCUUGCACACUGGUUGGACACUCAAGUUGGUGCAGUCUUUCAUUGACUGUUGUGGUUGUUCUAUGGAUUUAUUGAGUAUGCCCACAAUAAAAUGAAUCUUAAGAUUGUGUA